UCCCGUUCCCGAGUACACAUCCGCGCAGAAUCUUUCGUCCGGAGUUCAUCAUGCUACGAUACAUUCUCCUCGUCGGCAUCCUCGGUCUGGCCUGGUCCGCACCGGCACCCGAUCCGAAAGCGGCGCCCGCGCCUAAACCCGCCCUCGCCCUCCUUCAGCCCGAGCUAAAAACCCCGGCGUCUACCACCAAACUAACGCCGCUCGUCGCGCCGAUUGCCGCGCCUGUCAUCGCGCCGAUCUCCCGGAUCGCGUACACCGCGCCCGUUUUAUCGCAGAUACCGUAUGCUUACGCUUAUUCCGCGCCGAUCGGCGAGAUCCCGUCGAGCUACUCGAUCGAGCAACAUGGAUACCAUAUUACCUACUGACCGAAAAAAUCAUCAGACCGGUAGCCGUCGACCUCAGUGAAGCCCGUGUGAAAGUUUGUGUAGCAGCUCGCAGCUUGUCUCUCCUCAUCGAUAAUCAUCGUCUAUCGUGUAACCUCUCAUCCACGCAAAAAA